UCAAAGACCGAGAGGCCAACACCGCUCCGUGACGUCAUCAGCCAAUGAUUCCAAAGAGCGAGAAGUAAGAUGCAAAAAUCGAGGAACUCCCGACGAUUUUGCGAGGCUUGGGCAAGAUGGGAGGGUGUGUAGGGACGGCCAGGGAAGGCUCUGCUUCAAGCCGUACCUCAUCGGGCGAGGGAUCCACCUCAUUGAGAGGUGGUACAUCAAUAGGAAAGAAUGUUCCCCUCCGGCACGAGAAGAUUCGGUGGAAGUCUGACAUGCCUCUGACGGAGGGCCAAGUGAGGAGUAAGAGGGAUGAAUUCUGGGACACAGCACCAGCCUUUGAGGGACGACGUGAGAUUUGGGAUGCCCUGAAAGCAGCAGCGGGAGCCAUAGAGAACCAGGACUAUGAUUUGGCACAAGCUAUCAUUGAUGGAGCGAGUAUUACCUUACCCAAUGGAACCUUGACGGAUUGUUAUGAUGAACUUGGGACCAGGUAUCAGUUGCCAGUAUACUGCUUAUCGUACCCACUCAACAUCCUGCAACGUUCACCAGAUAAGGAGGGUGAUAAUGAAACAGAGGGAAGUGUUGAAGGAGAGGAACAGGUUUUGAAGGUUCGGCUCUCCACCACAAGCAAAGAUGUCAAAUUACCUGUGCGCUCGACAGACACCAUAGCUACUGCGAAAAGGAAGUUAGAGAUGCAGGAGAACUUAGGUGCAGUUCGCCAGCGCUGGUUCUAUGGUGGGAAGUUGCUGGGAGACCGGUUGCAUGUGUGCGAAUGCAACAUCCAGCACAAUUAUGUGGUGCAGGCCAUCAUCACGGAGGAGCGGAUGACGCCUGUGGAUAGUUGAGGAUGUGAGGAUGGCUUCUAGGGGAGGCGCUUGCCUUUGUAAUGCUUAUGAUGUCAGAGGAGGAGGAGGAGCUCUGUUUCAAUGUGAUAUUUCGAAAGUGUCGUUUAUUGUGAGUGAUUGUUCUGAUUAUAUAUUUUUUUUUCUAAAAGGGUUUAUGUGAAAUGAGUUGUUGUAGAUAUGCUAUAGGUAAGGAAGCUUUAUUUAUAGGUUUUGAAUUUUUCUUUUUUCUUUUCUUUCCCUAAUGAAGGGUUCAUGGUAUUUUUACAUGAUGCCUUCCGGCUGAUACUAAGGCAGUCAAGGAUUUUUAGUCAGAUAAUAUGAGUGCCUCAGCAUUAAUAAAAAAAAAAAAAGGAAAAUGAAUAAUGAUAAAAAAGGGGUAGAAAUAUUAUGCUCCAAGUAACAAGGGCAGAAUAAAAGCAUUCUUUUCCUCUCUCCCUUUUUUUCACAUUUUUAUCAAAAUUCAAUGUUUUUCUCUGAAAAAGAAAAACUGAGACAUAACUUUAUAUUUCUUUUUCCUUUAGCAAUUUGUGGUUCCAAGACCUUGUUGAAGCAAGUCACAUAAAAUGAUUGUCGAUGUUGUGGAGAAAGAGACUACCAGUCAUAGGUAGAUCUCAUGAUAUUCUGUGAUCAGAAUAGAUAAUAUUAAGAUGUAAAAAAGAACAGGUUCUUCACUUUCAAAAGUCUAAAGUUUUUUUUUUCCAAUAUAUGCAGUGACCCAAGUGCUGUACUGUCAUGUGGUCUGUUAUGAAUAUCACCAUUGCCCAGAUUAACGAUGAAAAAAAAAGAGAAGAACAUCUCCUAUAUAUGUACAUAAAACAUUUCAGAUUAAUCAUUGACAUAAUGAGAAGAGCCUUUACUUGUGAGUACACACUGCUUAUGCAAACAAGGGAUAGAUAGUUUAUUGCAGUCAUUUCACAGUAUGAUUCUCAUCUAAUCAUUUUUGUAAGUGGCAGUGCUAUUGUAUUGUAGUUUGGAGUGUUGUUGGAUAUCUUCUAAUUAAGUAUUUGCCAUGUAUAAUUAACUUUUUAAAUGCAUGUUUCAGUUUGGAAGGGAUAUGUAAUGAGAGUGACAAUGUCUGCUUUCACCUGAAGACACUCUUUACAAAUCUAAAAAGGAAACCAUGAUGGGUCAAGACAGUAUUUUCAGGACAACACAUUGGAUUGGCAAUUUGUAGGCAGUAUUAGAAUGAAUUCUAGUGGAGGGGCAUUUUAUAAGCUUGCAUGCUGAUACUGGGUCUUUUCUUAAUAUACUCUUUGAUGUACUUGAGUGUGUGUUUUCUCUCUGUGUGUGUGCAGCUGUAAAGAUCCUUUUUCACUAUUUUAAGUGUGGAGCAUCAUCCUUUGUAACUGGAAAGUUAAAUGUCACACAAACCAUGGGAAUAUGGAGAUUCAGGUAAACCAUGAUCUGUAAAUCAUUUUACCCUCAUUUAGAAAUAAUUGGCUUCUUUAAAAAGUAUCUCCUCAUCUUCUGCUAUGAUAGUAAGAAGACUAAUAAUUAUCAGAAGACUUAAACAAAGAGGGAAAGAUAGGAAGUUCAGAAAUUUCUGGGGACCCAUGAGUGUGCAAAUACCUUCCAAGCAUCAGCAAGCAAUGGCCUAUUUAUGGCCCCACCCUAAAAGCCUGUGAUAUGGUCUGUAGUAGUUUAAUGAAUUUGGAAAAGUAACCCUUAAGAGGCCAUAAGUGUAGGCCUCAUUACUCUUUUACUGUCUUAUUGUUAUUGUUAUUGUCUUAUUUCUCAGUCCGUUUUAUAUACUUGGUUAAGACACAUUUGAUGUGGAUCUAUUUCACCUUGAUUUUUUGGGGUGACUUGCCCUGAGUUUGGAGACUUGGCAAGACAAACCUCUAGUCACUUACUGUUGUCUUGGUUUAUUCUGGGAUUAUUUCCAACUCAUGAAAGAGAAAACCAAAUUUAUGGAAUAGGAAUUAUUUAUUAGAUCUGAGUUAUUCUUUAGAAUUGUAUGAAAUUAAAUGUAUUUUUUUCAAAAUCAAAGAUUGUUUAUUUGUUAUACUUUAAUUUUACUUGCCUCUACCAGGUCAUGGUAGUGAUGAGUUUUAUCUCUCUUUGUUGAAGCGACAUUUUUCCUCUAUAUUCCCGUCUCUUUUAAUUUUCUUCUAAGAUCAGUUGCAAAGGCCAAAAGCAGCCUUUUUCAGAGGGUUGUCAGAUAUAAAAGAGAGGAAAGUGGUUGAGUGUUAUACUGGAGAUUCUGGACAUUCAUGGUUAUGUGUAUAAAAUUGAUGCUAUUUACAAUUUUCUUGGUUUUAGGAUGAUAUAUUUGAAUAUUGGAGAGAUGUGCAGUGGAGUGACCUGGAAAGUGCAGUAUCUCUUACAUACAGCUGAAAACUUCAAAAUUUAUUGAAUAAAAUGCCUUUUUAAGAGAUUUUUGGAGGGGGUAUAGUGUGUAAGGAUUUUUCUCUUGUACUUUCCUUCCUCAGUUUAUUUUUUAUUUUUUUUCUGUUAAGGAGAAGAGGAUAAGAGAGGUCAGCACAAGGAACACUUCACUUGAAUGUAGUUUGAGUUCCAAAUCAUGUGUUUUGCAUAUACUUGAAAAAGCUUGUUUCUUGGUGCUUUGGAGACAUUACUUUAUACAAGGUGUAAUUUCUUUUCUCAUGUGUCUCUGUAAAUACUAUUAGCACAGAAGUGGAAAUUUGAAAAAUGCCUUUUUGAUAGACAUGAAAGAAAUGUACCUACAUAGAUAUGAAAGGUGAUUUAGCAUGGAGCUGCCAUUUGAAAGGUAUAUUGCUAAUACAUGGACAAAUAGAAAAAGUUGAUAAUCCGUAAAGGCAUUUAUUAUGUGACUUAGACCUCAAAUAUGAACACAAUUUUUUUCCUACCCAGAAUGUUCUAGCACAACUGUAUGUGCAAGAGGGGCUGUAAUGCACAAACUGGCACAAGUAUCAGGGUUUGUCACAAGUGGAUUGUUGUCAACUUCAAAUCUAUUGGCACAGUUAUCUGUCUCUGUUCAAGGCAACCUGCUUAAUUUGGCCAUCUGUGUAUUUCCUAUGGAGGUGUAAAUUACUACUUACAGCACAAUCAAGUCUUGGAAAUUUGUUUUACCUUCUCAUGUCACAAUCAUAGAUGUAGGGGUGAUCACUUCUGAGUGUCAGAAAGAAGUGUCUUGCAUGUAAUAGCACAAAUGUAUACAGUUAUGGGCAACAGAUGUACCCAUAACUAGUAAUGGAUGUUAGUGAGGAUGGAUAGGUAAGACUUCUUUGAGUGUAAUAAUGAUUCAGGGAGUUGCUCUUUUGUUUGAUCUCUCACUUUGGUUCUUUUGCUCAAUCAUAAAUACAUAAAGUACACAGCUGUUAUAUAUAGACAUGUUUGUGUAUUCAGCCAUGUGUGCAGAUAUCAGGUGAAGACAUCCACUGAGAAGUACUUUUGAUUCAGUAAGAGAUAAAGUUCCUGCAGAAUUCAGAGAACAGUGCAUUUGUUGUGUUUUAACUGCACAUAAAUCUUUUGUUUUUUGUAUCUUGAAAGAUAGCAACUUUGACUUACUUUGCAUCAUACUAGUUAUAACAGUGUAGGUUUUGACUUUUGCUUUUUAGAUGCUUUGAAUGAGAGUGCCGUGACAUUGAGGAAUUUGAGAAUAUGGGAUUAGAUUCGAGUUUGUUCAUAUAUCAUUCUUAUUUUUAU